GAAGCGUAUCGGACUUCUUACGUUGGCGCGCGCGCUUUAUUGAAAUGCUCGCACAAAGUCGUAAUACAGUAUUCGAAGAUGAUUUUAAUAAACCCGUUGAAUCUAUAAUGCGUUGCGAAGAUUUCAAAAGUAAUUUCGCAAGGAAACUAUCAAAUAGAUUUAUUUCUCGAUUACCGGCUUUAAAUUCAAAAUCGAAUUGUGCUCUAAAAUUGUGCCCAUCGGAAAAUCAAGUUGUUGAAAAUGUUCCAGACAGAGUUGAGCAGUGUACUCAACUCUCUGAGAACAGCGGUUUGUUGGAAAAUGGAGAAAUAGUAAAGCCACCUGACAAAGCUAUGAAGAAGGGGAAUGAUAUACAAGUCACCGAAGUUAACGCUUUACAUCUAGAGGUGGAAACACUUAGGUGGCAAUUGGCACAGACUGAAGCUAACCGACAAAUGCAUAUUGCUUUAAUUAAACAACUAGUUACAUUUUUGAGCAGAGUUCAAGAGCACAUAUCAUGUCAAAACAAUGAGCCAAUUGUAAAAUCAAGGGCUAUUUCGAAGAUGACAUCGAGAGUUUUGAAUUUAACAGACAUGCCACGUUCAAGGUCUGUACUUCAUGUUAACAAUGGUCCGGAGUACUCGAGCCCUACUAAGAAAAUUAAUACGAGAAAAUUCAGCAAAUCAAUUAGCAACGUGAACGGAUUCAAUGAUUGCAACAACAUUUGGAAUCAUUCCCAUUUGACAUUAGUACCUGAAAAUGAAACUGCCACUAAAUUAAGUGAAGAAAUGACUCGAUUGAUCACUCUUGCCAAUACAGUUCUUAGCACGAAUAUACCAAAUCUAGCGUGUGCUUAUUCUGACAAUGGGAAUGAAAGAUCUUUAACAAACGAAGAAGAAGAAAGCAAGCAGAACAUGUCUGUAGAGUUAUUAAAAACCGGAGAGAGUAUUGACUCAAAUGUUUGUGAGACAGGUUACAAAAUCACAAUUUCAGUUGAACCCGAAAAAGAUCUGAUGGAUUUAUUCAAAGUAUCAGACAUAUCAAUUAAUUCAGAUCAUACAAACGAUUUUAAUAAAAAGACUGAAACCGAGGAUUAUCCAAAUCAACCAGACGUAAGAACAGAUAAAAUAUCUAUAAAUACAAAGAGCGAUUUUAUAUCACUAUCGAAUUAUAUCGAAGACGAAAGCGGCUUUUCAUCAAUGAAUUCAUUCCAAGAGAUUGGUAUACCCAUCAUAAGUAUAAUCCCACCAUCUCCUUCCAAAGAAAUUUCUUAUUUAGACAGAAUACCGAAUAUUUAUAAUGAGAAAGAAGAAGAAAAAUGGAAAUCAGAUUCAGUUGAGUACGAUAAGCAGAACGUUAAAGUGUUUUGGGUUUAAAUUUAAUUUAAUUUUUAAACUGAAUAAGGAUGAUGACAAAGUUAAUCUAAUUGCUUCAUUGGUAUAAUUAACAUUGUACUACGUAGAAUGGAUUACUAUAAUUUUACACAUCCGAAGCAUAGUUUUCAGGUUUUCAGAUUAGUUGAUUAAGAGUUCUUAUAUUUAUAAUAAAUGCUACUUUUUAAAA